AACGUUUCCCCUCCAUACACACAGACACAUUUCUUUGACUAAUCUCCUCGUAAAACCUCCUCCGGAAGAACCCAGGAACUUUCUGCAGUAUCGGCAGCCUAUUACUGAGCAGUGUCAAGCCAUUUGUUCAGCCCAGGAGAUAUAUUUUAGACUUUUUUGCACUUUUCGGAAUUACCAGCAUUAGCUGAUUAACCAUCGGGGAACUCUUCAAGUCCAAGAAGCUUCAGUAACCUGCCAAAUGCCAAAAGCUCUUGGACACAGCUGCUGAAAAAGCACGUGAUAACCUCCUGUUUCUAUCUAUGUCUGACCUGUCGAAGUCCCUUCUCUCCCGUCAUCCCUGCAAAUCAAGGCUCCGCCAGGCAUAUCCUCCUCCACCCACGAACGUACGGAAGCGCUCAAAUACCUAGUAUACAGAGCCACUUAAUGUGCAAGUCACGCCGUGUGCAGAGGCCAGAAGGAUGAAGUACUCUUGGGGGACAGUCAGUCAGAUGCAGCCUGGACUCACAAGGCCAAAGGUUAGCGUAUGUAUUCGAAAACGGGAAGGGGGCAACUGAGUCUCCAAAGUUCGGGCUAAAAGUUACUUUUAGCUUUGGCAGCCGGCUUUGGUUGACAGGCAACCAGUUAGCCCAGCGGCAACAGCCCGGACAACCUCAGCACGAGAGCACAGGCCCCGCCUCCCCUGUGCUUUGAGGCGGUCCCGGCUAUUGCUCCCACGCCGCCCCUAAGCUCAGCAGCUCGCGAGUGUAACAAGUUGAGCUAUGUCGUAGCUGCUGGCCCUGAAGGCUGGUUGUCUGGGGCACUGUCCUUGUCCGCAAGCGGGGGAUGUCUUGGAGCCUUCCAAGGGCAAUCGCGAAGAAGGCCAUUGCCGGAGCGAGAGUGAAGGAAAGCAGAAACACUCGCCGACCUUGCGGGAGAAGAGCACUGCGAAAACCCAAGGUGGCCGAGGUGUUGGGUCUCUUCCUCUUCUUCCCUCCUCCUUGACUUUGCAAAAGGCGGCGAGGUUGAGAAAUCCACUGGCGGAGGUCGGAAAGGAAAAGCCCCACGUGGGAGGUGGGCGACGACCUACUAGAAAAGGAACUGCGUUGCCUCCCGGAACUAGGAUGCUCCCCGGCAAGAUGCUACUGUAGGAAGAGCUUUUUGCUUGGGACCGCAGCGCUGCAGAGGUUCUGGAGAGACUUGGGCGACUGGAAGCUUCACCAGCCUGACCGAAACAAGGACGAGAAAGGCUCUCUUCCGUGUAAAGGGGGGUGGGGAGCACGGCUUUUGUUACUGGCCUUUCAUCGUGCGAGCGUGGCUGCGUGUCUGUGUAGCAUAUUUUCAACUUUCCCCACCCCUUGGCUGCUGAAGUACCUUCGGAAGCCAGAGUUACUCCAGCAUUGCAACUCUGAUUUUAAACAGUGUUUACUGUUCACCCUCCCGUGAUGUUGCCAGGGUUUUCUGAAAGGCGCUUUGCCAUUUGUCCUCUUUCUUCAGAACUUCUCUGCAGACUUCUCUCAACCUGAGGGCCAAGCAGCUCUGCUUGAAAGUCGCUUGUCCUGUUUGAGCUUGAAAACAAUCCACUUUGAUUAUUGCAAGAUAAAAGAAGAAAAGAUGGGUGGUAACCUUGGCUGCCACCGCUCCAUACCUAGAGACCCUUCGGAUCUUUGCCAUAGCCGUAAAUUCAGCGCUGCAUGCAAUUUCAGCAAUAUCCUUGUGAACCAGGAGAGGCUAAAUAUUAACACAGCCACAGAAGAGGAGCUCAUGACUCUUCCUGGGGUCACCAGGUUGGUAGCCCAAAACAUUGUAGAAUAUCGUGAGUAUAUUGGUGGCUUCAAGAAAGUUGAAGACUUGGCCUUGGUGAGUGGAAUUGGAGCUGCCAAGCUGGAGCAGGUGAAAUUUGAGAUCUGUGUGAGCAGCAAAGGAAAUUCUGCACAACAUUCACCCAACUCUUUAAGGAAAGACCAGAAUCUGGAUCACCUUUCAGCUAUUAAAAUCAACAUUAACACAGCUACACCUGCUCAGCUCAUGAGCAUCCGUGGUAUCACAGAAAAGAUUGUCAACAGCAUUGUAGAAUACCGCAGAGAGCAUGGGCCCUUCAAAAGUAUUGAGGACUUGCUUAAGAUGAACUGUAUCAACUCUUCAUUCUUUGACAAAAUCGGACAUCAGAUCUUUGCAGAACGAUCAAGACCCCCUUCCACAAAUACUAAUAGUGGCCUUAAUUUCACUGUCAAGCCUCACCCAAGCCCCACAUCCCUGAGUCUCCAGAGUGAGGAUUUGGAUUUUCCUCCUGGAGGGCCAACACAGAUAAUCUCCACACGGCCCACAGUGGAAAUUUUUGGUGGGGUGCGAGAUGGGCGACCUGUGCUGAGAGUGGCCACUUGGAAUCUGCAAAGCUGCUCUGCUGAAAAAGCCAACAAUCCUGGUGUGCGAGAGGUUGUAUGCAUGACUUUGUUGGAGAACAGCAUCAAACUUUUGGCUGUGCAGGAGUUGAUUGAUAGAGAUGCACUUGAGAAGUUUUGCAUGGAAUUAAAUCAGCCAACUCUGCCAAACAUCCGCAAAUGGAAGGGCUCUCGAGGAUGUUGGAAGGGAAGCAUUUCAGAGAAGCUCUCAGGGCACCCCGAGAAGUGUGUAGAAUAUUCUGGCUUCCUGUGGGACACAACUGCAGGGAUAGAACUGAAAGAAGCUACUUUCUCUGAAGGCCCAUACACAAAUGGCAGUGGGAAACAAGUCCAUCCUCACCCUUACAUUGCAUAUUUCAAGAUUGGAAUGAAUGAUUUAAUACUGGUUAACUUGCAUUUAGUGCCAUUGCCAUCUACUGGGGGAAAUUCUGUGAAGAAUCAAAAUAGUCAUAAAUUAGCAGUCUUUGCACAUAUUGUACAGGAAACACUUAAAGGGGAAAAAGAUGUGGCAAUUUUGGGUGAUUUUAGCCAGCCCCCCGAUAGUAGUGACCAUGACAUGUUACGAAAGGAAAAGUUCCACCAUCUGGUUCCUGCAAGUACAUUCACAAACAUCAGCACAAAGAAUCCUCAAGGUUCCAAAUCUCUGGACAAUAUCUGGAUCAGUCGUGGUUUGAAAAAGAUUUUCACUGGUCAUUGGGCAGUUGUAAGAGAAGGUCUUACAAACCCCUGGAUCCCUGAUAACUGGUCAUGGGGUGGAGUAGCAUCAAGUCAUUGUCCAGUUUUAGCUGAAUUUUACAUUGAGAGGGACUGGAAUAGAAAGGAUGUAAAUCAAAAUGGAGGUGGAGUGCUAGUGGAAUGCAGUGAUGUGAAUUCUAAACAUGAACGGUGAUGAAAAAGGAGGAAAGCUACAUUUUUCUUUCCUCAAAAGAUGGUUAGAAGAUAGCUUCACUCAAGGUCUGACACUGAAUAAGUGUCAAGUGUCAAAAUACAAGUGUCAAAAUACAAGUGUAUUUUGUUUUCAUUUAAAAUUGAAUAUGCUUCUGCUUUUAACAUCUCCCUUCCCUAUUCCCACUUCUUUUAGGACACUUGCCAUUCUGUGGAUUGUGACUUAUGGAGACAUGGGGGUUUCUGAGGAUGGAUGUACCUGGAUAAUUGCAAAUAAAAUUCACUUAUUGUGUUUGUUCACAAUUUCCUUUCUUCUGCUUCUAAUAAAAUACUAUCAUUGAACCUAAUAGCUCAUGGAAGAACAGACUUGAGCAUUCUGCUAUCUGCUAAAGAUAGUUCAGCAAUAGAAAAAAAUCCUUAGUGCUAUUGCAUAUAAUACCUACUCUUUAACUAGAGACGAGUUUUGAGUCAUGCAUCAUUUGAAAUAAAAACUCCUCCUCCAAAAUUCAUUAAAAAGCUGAUCACUUUACAAUUCAGAUUAUGUUAGCCUUAUCUGGUGCCUUCUAGAUCACUUAAUUUUAAAAAAUAAUAAUUUAAUUAAUAAUUAAAACUCCAUAAGUCCCAACUAGCAUGGCUAUUAGGACUUAUUCCUAAUUCAACUGUUGCCUUUUUAAAAAAACAUAUAUCCAGGUUCUAUACAAGUAAAACAUUAUUCUGAAUCUUUUUUUUAAAUCUGGAGUUUGUACAACUUUACAUGAGUAUAUGUAUGUUGUGAAGUAACAUAGGAAAACAGUUUGGGAAAUGUUGUUUUGUAUUGAAGCCAAAUGGGUUGGUUGACUUGGUAUAACUUCUUAAAGCAUGCUUACAGUCAAGCAUACAGAUAUAUGUUUCAUAAUCCCAUAUCUGAUAAUAUAAGCAUACUUUUUAAAUUGUGAUAAAUUGAUAAAAGAAUUGUACUUGUUGGUUCAAAUACAUUUAUUUAGCAAUAACUUCAUUUGGGUUAUAUAUAACCAUAAUGAGACAGUCUGGGAGAAAUAUACUUUAUUUUACUACUUCAUUAAAACUGCUUAAGAACAGGUUCGUCACAAAAAAAAUCCAGAAAAACUUUACAAAACCACAAUUACAAAUCCAAAAUAUUUUAUAAAAAGAGAAAAAAAAACCACAUUAUUAAAAUGAAUUGAUAGGGAGGUCCUUCUGAUGGAGAAAUCAGCUGACUGUCAAAUUAUUGAUGUAUUCUAAGGUAGAAUAACAGAUAAAUUCCACCAGAUUUCUAAAGCAUUCUUUGUGAACGGAAGGUGACUUUGCUUGUACAAAUAUUAUCCAUAUAUCACAUUUUUUUCAUAUUGGUGUAAAAAUUACAUUUCGCAGGGCAGAAUGACAUACAUUGCUAAUAAUUUGAACAUGGUAACAUUGCAUGUAAAAUUAGAACAUUCAGUAUGUGAAGUCUAUAAUCUGUAUGUUUGAAUUCACUCUUCAAUAUAAGAAAAUACUGCUUUCAGUAUGUAAAAUCUAGAUAGAGGACAAGGGAAUGAUCAGACUGCCCAAUAAAAAUACUAUUGCUGCUAAAUACUUUUGCUUGAGAAAAAUGAGUAUAGAUAAAAGAAAGUUAUUUUUGUUAAUGCACCAAAUUCUAUGAAAGUUAUUGUGAAAUUCAUUAUUUUCAACACUUACAUUCUAAGAUUGGAUUUAUGUUUUACCUAAGAGAUAAAUAAAACAUCAUGCCAAGACUUGUUGGUCAGUUCAA